GGCGGAUGUUAUGGGCUAUGAUUCACUGGGCUGCAUAUUGCUCUGCAGCGCUUCACUUGAAGAAUGAUAUCUCACCCGAUUAUUGGAAAAUCAUGUAGGAAAGUUUGCGCACUCUUGUGCAGAAAAAGGACUUGGAUAGAGCUGAAAAAUGCCCAUGGGUCAUAAUUCCUCAACUGUGACCAUCAUGCUCCAAGUAUGUGUGAUGUUCUGUUUGCUGCCAGUUGUCUUCUCACAGUCAACUAAUGCCUCACCACGAAGAGGUCACAACAUCACCAUCCACUCUUCCCAGCUGGUCUGCAGUCUGCCAGGCCCAGCGGGGCCUGCGGGGAACCCUGGAGCCCCUGGAUCACCAGGAACCAUGGGCCCCAUGGGGCCUCCGGGGAAGGACGGCCCCGACGGGAAGGAUGGAGAGAAGGGUGAAAAGGGAGAUGAAGGUGAUCCAGGGAGGACUGGGAACCAAGGCAAGCCAGGUGUGAAAGGGCGGGAAGGUGUCAUCGGCAGGGCUGGACCUCGAGGACUGAAGGGGCCACGAGGAACACCAGGGGUAGCUGGAAAACGAGGACAAAAAGGUGAACUGGGUGACGUGGGCCAGCAAGGAGCUCCUGGAGGCUGCAACUGUGGCAGUACAGCCCGGUCAGCCUUCUCUGUGGCGGUGACAAAGAGUUACCCUAAAGAACGACUGCCCAUCCGCUUCAGCAGGAUCCUACUGAACGAGGGGAAUCACUAUAAUGCCAGCAGUGGGAAGUUUGUCUGCGUCAUCCCCGGUGUCUAUUAUUUCACCUAUGAUAUCACUCUGGCAAAUAAGCACCUGGCCAUUGGGCUAGUCCACAAUGGACAGUACAAGAUCAAGACAUUUGAUGCAAAUACAGGAAACCAUGACGUGGCGUCUGGUUCUACUGUUCUCCACCUGAAGCAGUCAGACCAGGUCUGGCUGCAGAUCUUCUACUCCGAGCAGAACGGACUCUUCUUUGACCCUUUCUGGACAGACAGCACCUUCACUGGCUUUCUUAUCUACGCUGACCAGGACUUUCUCAAUGAGGCUGAUAGGAAAGCUAAUGCUCAGGAUGACAGUUAAUACUCUGAAAUAUAUUUGUUAUGUUUUUUUAAUAAUUGGCUUAAUUUCAUAUCAAAGUAUGAUAGCAGACAUUUGAAGCUCCACAAUGGUUGGCCUCGGUAUGUUGUUUAUCAUGUUCUGACACCAGGGGGCGCACAGAAAAAAGUCAACCACAGUUGAGGGACUUGUUUAAGUCUGUGUGUGGGCUGCAGUAUCCUUAGUGGUGCUAUAAUUCUGACAACAUCUUUUCAAAAGGUCUCUAAUAAGUAACAGAAUAAGGAGACAUAACUGUUGUUGUCCUGUUCAUAUAACCCUGAUUUUAAAUUUAAAGAAGCAAUUGAAUAUUUUUUUCUUUAAUAUUUGUAUCAUUAGAUCAUCAUUGGAUUUAAGUCACAACUUUUCAUUCUCCUCAUUGUUAUAUAAAUAUUCAUGGGGUGGCCACCGGGUGGCAUGGAGACUUUAAGGGAUGGCAGAAAUAUGUGCUUAUUUAAUUGUUAACAAUCACAUAUAUCAUUAUCUACUUGGAAAAGCCCCCAAAUUAAGUUAUUUGAAUUAAAAAAUGUGGCAUGUUAGUAAAGCAUUAAAUAGAAUUAUGUUUUUUCAUUCAACCUUCACUUAAGCCUGAGUCUAAAAUGUGGCCAUAACCAUAACACGUUAUUUUUAAAUUAAUGUGUUAAAUUUGACGGUAUUUGACACCAAACUGGGGUGCCAGCUGGGGGUGGCCACAUGUAAUCAGGAUACAAUAAAAGGGUAACUGUGAUCCAAAACAUAUGUAAUCGGAUUACAGUUAGCCUACAUUUAGUAAAAAUGGGGAUUAUUUAGCAUGAUUACAAUUUUAAAAUACAUCAGUUUUUCUUUACAAAUACACAUUUUUGAUGCUAAAAAUCUUCUUUCUUUCUUUUCUAGGGUCACAUUGUUCUGUUGUCUUAUAGAAAACACUUGCAUCUAUACUUCUUAUUGUUCUUUCUUUUCUCUUUUAUUUACAUAUUUGUUCUUGAGGUAAUCCAAAAGUAACGUAAAGUAACCAUGUUACGUUACUUUAAUACUGUUAUACUUGGAUUAGGUUACCGAUGACAUUUUUUUAACAGGUAAUUAGUAGAUGUAUCGGAUUACAUGUUGAAGGUAUCCCUCCCAACCCUGUGCAUGUCUUACUAUGACAAUAGGGUAUAUUUAACUACGGGUUUCAGUUCUACUUUGUCCAUGGAAACAGUAGCAUUAAUCAAUCAACCAAUCAAUAAAAGGUUUUCUACUGGUUCUAGUGAAAAGCGCUUCAUCAGUAGGCAUAUAAGAGAUCAAAUAAAUUAAAAUAAAUAAUAAAAAAUAAUGAAAUAGACAAACAAAAUAUAAUUCACAAGUAGAAUUAAAAAUAAAAGUUUCGUGAAAAAGGUCUGUGUGUGUGUGUGUGUGUGUGUGUGUUUGUAGUUCUGACGCUGACCUCUAAAGGACUACAACUCCCAGGCUGGAGGAAGGACCUUAACGUCGAGCACACGAGCCUCGCACCGCAGCAGCAGCAGCUGGUGCAGCCGAGGAGGUUACUUUGUUACAGCGGAGCCACCGGAGAGGAAGCGGCCGAGGCGAAAUCUCUCUCUCGGAAAAAAGUGUGAACAGUUUCGGGGGAAAAAACGUCGCGACCAGCAUCGCGUUGCCAAGGUUUCGGAGGUGGCGGCCGCUUUGUGAACUUGUCACCGGAUUUGAAGGUUGUGUUUUCGCCGGGGAGAG